AUCUUGUUAUCGGUGGUCUUUAUCCUACCCAUCUAUGAUCUGAUAGAGUGUCAUCAUUGGACUUAACGCUCGGACCCAAGUCUCGCUUCUACAAGAUUGUUGAGUCAGUUUUUACGGUUGGAUCAUUUCUCAGUGGACGUAUUGUGAUUCCCUUAGUCCGAGCGAAAAUCCUUGUAAUUCAGUUACGGAGAAGAAUUAUCGAGGCUUUUUGAAGGAAAUCAUUAGUCUAUAAAGCAUUCGUGUUUACGAUUCCGCGCAGGAAAAGGGGAUGGAAGAUACAGACAUCAGCAUCAAUAAACAAGAGCCGAUCACCAUUGGGGCCAUUGUGAAUCCGAGCCUUUUAUGGGCCUGCUACCCACCAGGAGUAAAUAAGAAAUCCACUUAUUUAAAACAUCAAAUUGAUGAGGAACUUAAUGAAUACCUUUCUUCGCGGGUGAAUCGGAUACCUGUUCCUCCAGAAAAUCUUGAAAAACAUGCACGCGUUUCUGUGCGAUACAAUAACUUGUGGUUCAGAGGAGUUGUAAUGGGCAGAAAGUUAGAUGGGCGGAAAGAAUUAUUCUCGGUGCUGCUGGUUGACGUGGGUGUUGAAAUCAACGACUUGACCGAUGACAUGAUUUUUGAACUUCCCAAAAAGAUCCAAGAAUACGAAGUUCAAGCAUUUUUAAUAACUCUACACGGUAUUGUGCCUCUGUCAGUGGAAGUCGACAUUAGCGCUGGAAAAACUGUUUUGGAGACUUCACGGAGCUGGGGCCCGUAUCAGCAUAAUGUGUUUCGAAAUAUUUUAGAAAACCACGAUGCAGCUUAUUUUAAAACGACAAUUGUUAAAGAAAAUGUGAGACACGGUGUUCUUUACAUUACCAAAGGCAAAGAAAAAAUUAACUUAAACCAGAUUCUGGUCAACUCAAAACUUGCUCACGACCUGAGCUGUGAAAUUGAUGUUACCAAGUAUUUAAGACGAAAAAGUAGCUACCAUCGAUUUGUACUGAGUAUUCUUAAACGUGAAAACCAGAGGAAAAUACCCGCAUACUCUUCAAGUGGUGCAGAAGGUAUAGAAUCAGCGAACAUCUCUAGGUCAACUUCAAGAGUGGACCAGGUUCAAACGGUUGAAAAAAGUGAAGGCUUUGCCAUCCCUCAAGAUGAUCGUAAAAGUAAUCACCCCGGUUAUCAUGAUGACUUUAUAGAACGCUCGCCUGGAAGUAGAGGACAAACUUGUAUCUACCCUGCUGGUUUUCAACUCCCAAAUAGGAAGAAAAGCCAGGUUCAAGCGGUUGAAACAAGUGAAGACUAUGCCAUCCCUAAAGAUGAUUGUAAAAAUAAUCAGGCUCGUUAUCGUGAUGACUUUAUAGAACGUUCACCUGAGAGUAGAAGAAAAACUUGUAUCUACUCUACUGGUUUUCAACUUCCAAAUAAGAAGAAAAGCCAGGUUCAAGCGGUUGAGACAGGUGAAGACUAUGCCAUCCCUAAAGAUGAUUGUAAACAUAAUCACGCUCGUUAUCAUGAUGGCUUUAUAGAACGCUCGCCUGAAAAUAGAAGAAAAACUUGUAUCUAUCCUGCCGGUUUUCAACCUCCAAAUAAGAAGAAAAGCGACCAUCAAUUGGUAGGUAAAGAAUCAACUUUAAAAACUUCGCUGUCUAAAUUAACUUCAAGAGUAGGACAGGCUCAGACGGUCGAUAGAAGUGAGGAAAAUACCGCCUCCAUAGAUGAUAGUAAGAAUAAUGAUACUAAUUAUUUUCAUAACUUCAGAGAAAAUUCGCCAGAAGGUAGAGCCAGAACUUGUAUCUACCCUGCCGGCUCUCAACAUAAAAAUAAGAAGGAAAAUAUCCGACAGGUUCAUGGGUAUGGAGCCUUGAUUCAGAACACCAACAGUUCAAACGUCAGAAUCGAAAAAACCACCGGGCUGAAACUUGUUGUGAAAUCUUCAAAUAACGAUUUAAAAUCAGCCGACUCUGUACAAAUUUCUUUUGAACAGAACGACGAAAAAACCUCAACGGAUGAAAGCAUGAAUUCGUCGCUAUCAAGCAAAAAUGAAGUUAACUUAUCAGGAGAUGAAACUGUGAUUUCUUUAUCAGAGACUGAUAAUAAACCAAGAGGGAGGCUUUGGAAUAAUAUCAUGGCUCCUCGUAAUCAAUCUAACGAUGAUAAGGAUGCGAGUAGCGGUGAAGAAUGUGAUAUUGAGCUUCCUCCAAGGAGGUCCAAGGCCACUUUCAAGGAGCCUGAACAAAAAUCAAAAAUACUAUUAAUGUUUAACAAGAGCCUCGAGACAAGUUCAUCAGUGGAUUGUUCAACUGAUCCUGUUGCUCGUGCGUGCUUUAAAGGUGCUGAAGAUUGUGUUACGGAGAGAAAUGCAUCUGGACACACACAUCUGUCAAAAAACACAGUACCCGACUCAUCUUUUUCUGAGCGUGUGAGGUUAGCAGCUUCAACGUUGAGGACGAUUACGACACCUGCCGAAGUCUCGAUGCUCACCUCUCUCCACAGUUUUUCAAAUGCAAAAAAUGUAUCAAGAAAUAUCCAUGCACUUACGCAGAAUGUCUUUGAUGUCUCGAACCCGUCAAAGGGAGAAAAGACAAAAUAGUAAAUAAGUAAAUAGUAAAUAGGAAUAACAAAUUGAAUGGACCACUAGACAAGGUACGAAUUUCAGCAUUCUGAUACAUGUUUCCGAACCAAAAUUUUACG